ACUCACGUUUCCACCAGGAAGAAACAUGGCUGCCUACUGUUCACCGACGGGAUUUCUAUUUACGUUUCGUUUGUUAUCUGUUUUACGACGGAGAGAGGAAGAAAGAGACAGUGACAGCAGCUAUAGUUACACUGUGUAACGAGUAAAUCACCCGUUAGAGCGUCGGUAAGGAAGACGCCAUCUUUCCAGUCGUAGAGAGACUAACCGUUAACGUUACCGACAGACAGCUUUUUUUUUUUUUUGUUCCUUUUCGCUGAGCUGUCAAUCUGCUCAACAGUGUCGGGACUACGACUGAUUUGCCUUUGUUAGCGUGCUAGGCUGGCUAACAACAACGUAACUGCGAGUCAAACGCAUAUUACAUCCGGUAAUAGUCGCUAUGUUUAGCCCCGUGAAGUCUUCUUAUUUCAGAGUCAGCCCAGCCAUUGUCAACAGAGAACUCGGCAAGACCAAGAUGAGAUAGCAAGAGGGCACAUCGGGAGUGAUAACACACACACGAUUUACUACGAGUCCCCCAGCAUAACCGAGAGAAAAGUGAGCAAAUAACGCACUCAGCAUGUUUGGGAAUCUUUUCGAGGAAGAGGAGGAGGAAGGCUUCGCUUCGACUUCCUCCAGGGGGAGAGUUGCGAAGGGGGGAGAGGAGCCACCUCCACCCCGAGGAAGAAGCAAUCUGUGCGGCAUCAAGAAUCAGGGGGGGACCUGCUACCUCAACUCUCUGCUCCAGACUCUGCUCUUCACCCCAGAGUUCAGAGAGGAGUUGUUCAAUUUGGGGCCAGAAGAAUUGGGAUGCCUGGAAGACAAAGACAAACCAGGAGCCAAAGUCAGAGUGAUCCCACUGGAGCUGCAGAGACUGUUUUCCAGUCUGCUACUGGUGGACCAGCAGUGUGCCUCCACCGCCAACCUCACUGACAGUUUUGGCUGGAACAGCAGCGAGGGAACAAAUCAGCAUGAUGUGCAGGAGCUGAACAGGAUUCUCUUCAGUGCAUUGGAGCACUCUCUUGUGGGAACCACUGGUAGUACAUUUAUCCACCGGCUGUACCAUGGGACCAUUGUCAACAGCAUUGUCUGCAAGGAGUGUGGCAACGUCAGCCAGAGACAGGAGGAUUUCCUGGACCUGACUGUGUGUGUUUGUGGAGUGUCUAGCCUGGAGGACGCUUUGUGGAACAUGUUUGUGGAGGAAGAGUUGUUUGAGGGCAAUAACCUGUACCGCUGUGCACAGUGUGACAGGCUGGUCACCGCUGCCAAGUCUGCCAAGCUGAGGAAGCUCCCUCCAUUCAUGACCAUGUCUCUGCUGAGAUUCAGCUUUGACUUUGCCAAAUGUGAGAGAUACAAGGAGACAGGACGGUACAGUUUCCCCUUCACCAUCAACCUACAGCCAUUUUGUGAACAGACUGAUGGAGAGGACUCCGAUUACUCCUACGAGCUGUUCUCUGUGAUUAUCCACAAGGGCGGCUGCUAUGGUGGCCAUUACCAUGUUUAUAUCAGGGACAUUGACCAGCUGGGCCAUUGGGAGCCACCGGAGGAGGAUUGCAAACCCAAGACUCAGAAGAAAGUCAAGGAAGAGGUCAAAAAGGAAGUGUGUGAGCCAAAACUUCAAGAAGAUGACCCUUUGUCUGUCCUCACUGCCAUUAUUGCCCAGGAGCCAUCAACGAGUGUCCUGUUAGACCAGCUGGGCCAAAAACUCAUGGAUAAGAUUGGGUCAUCCUGGAGCAAAAAGUUCAGGAAACACUAUGGUCCCAUAGGAAAGUUCCUGCAGUCCCACAAUGAUGUUUUCAUGUUGGUGUCGAAUGGUACUCGAGUGGCACUGAAGGCAAACCCGCCAAGCCCUGUGACUGAGUCACCCAGCCCAGCAGAGCAGACUACUAACUCUGAUCCUUCAACACCUUCAGACCCUGGAGCUGAUGAACAACAGUCAAAGCCUGAACAAGAGCAGGGUAGCCACUGGUUUGACCUUAACGACUCCACAGUGACCUCCAUCAGGGAGUCUGACAUAGAGAAGCAGUUCCAGGGCAAAGAGAGUGCAUACAUGCUGUUCUACAGAAAAACACAGCUGCACAGGCCCAGUGAAGCUCUGAACAAUCCCCAAUAUAAAGUUCCUCUUCACCUAAUCCAAAUGGCUCAGGAGGAGAACAUCAAAAUGCAGCAAAUGCGUGAGGAGUUUGAAGCCACUAAUAACACUGUGGAGCUGCGUCUCCACCUGGCACCCAGUUACAGGCUAGAAAAUGGAGCCCUGCAACCAAUCAGCAGAGAGCAGAACGGAAGCACCACUCUGAGUUUCGACCGCAGAAAGACCGUGGGAGAUCUACGAUUAGCUAUUUAUCAGAUGCAGGAACUCUGGGAAGGGGAUAUGGCUUUGACCGUGGCCAAGAGUCUUCCUGCAGGUCUUCACCUCUACAAUACUGUUACAGAUGACAGUGUCUCCCUGUACAGUGCAGGCAUUCAUACAAACUCUGACCUGUUUGUGUGGAACGGAAGAGAGGUGUGUGGUGCGACUAUCCUAACUGGAGCUGAGUGGGAGCCGGUGCUGCUGACUGUAGUGCGUCCCUUUUUGGGGGAAGAUGAGCUUCCUGAGGUGGAAGAUGCGGUUGAGUGUAAGGAGGGAAGAGGAGGUUUUGAAAAUGGGGGGCCAGGUCUUAAAAGGGAGGCGAGAGGUUUUGCAGGUGCUGUGACUCUUGGGGAGGUGAAAGUGGCAUUGGGGGAGCCUAAGGAGAGUCUGCUGUGUCAGGAGCAUAAAGGAGGAAAGAGGGGAGAGCAUGGGGCAGGGGAGGGAGGAGGGGCAAGUGGAUGGAGAUUGUUCCCCCCCGAUGACAUGCAGCGGACGCUAAAGGAGCUGUCUCUGAAAGACGGAGACGCGCUGUUGGUGCUGGAGCCACAGUCGUUCGACAGCAGCAUGUUCACUCUAAACGGAGACGUCGUCACUGUGACUACACCGUCUGACUGCCGCUGGCUCCAGGUGGAGUUGCAACCACAAGGAGGAGGAGGAGGAGGAGAAGGGGAGAAAGAAGAGGAGAGGAGGAAGAUCAAGGUUCCUGCCACAGGAAAUAUGCUACUGGGUGAGGUGAAGCUGAAGGCCAUAGAGGAGCUGCAGCUACAGGAGCAACCCCCAGGUGCACAGUACUGUCUGAGACAGGUGGACUGCACAGGGAAACUCCUUCCUCCAGUGUGUGAGGAGUUGAGUGUUCGGGAUGCAGGCGUGCGACUCAUGACCACACUGACUCUCUGUCCGGGAAGUGCCCCCAAGGCAUCACAGCUUUUCUUGCACUUCUCUGUGGGCAUAGCGCCCUCUGCUGGCAUGGAGAUGGACAUAAUUGUGGAGAAUACUUGUACUGUCAAAGAGUGUCUAAAGUCAAUGCUGGAUGCUGUUGGACUUGAUGGCACCUGUUGGCACUUGAGGAGGCUCGAUUGGUGUGAGGAGGUUGGAGAGCCACUUAUGGAUGAGGAUGCUUCUCUGUCAGAGCUGAAGAUAAGCAACGGAGACUCAUUAGUCGUCACAGAAGGACAACUUCCUCCAAAGGGUUUUCUCAAGAUAUCUGUGUGGCUGUAUCUGCAUCCCAGUAACAACUCCAUGGAAACUGACUUUAAUCACACUGACAACGGCCAUACUGAGGAGCAAAUGCUGGAGGCAGUGACUGCAGGUGAAACAGAGAGUCACCCACCCCCUCUGUGUGCCAGCAACAUGGCAGAGCUGAGAAGUGUAGGGCAGGUGGAGAUAUCGGACGAGGCCACCCUGGAGGAUCUCAAGACUCAGGUGCUGACACUGCCUGCCCUUCAGGAUGUGUGUGUGCCAACCACUGCGUUCAUGCGCUUGUGGCAGCUUGAGGAACGAAGGCUGGCACGAAUCCUCAGAGGACAACAACUCACACUCAGGAAAAUGAAGCUGACCAGUGGUACAGACCUUUGUGUGCAACAACUACUAAAAGAGGAAGAUCUUGGUCCUAAGGAGGUGUUGCUGAAUAUUAAAAUGGCAGUACCAGGGGAGAGGUGUUACUACCCUCCAGAGGAGCUGGUUUGGGAUGCAUCCCGUGACUCUUCUCCUCGCUCUCUGCGCACUUGUCUGGCUGCACACUACAGCCUCUCCCCGGACUCGCUGCUGUUGGCCAAACACCAACCAGACAAACACACCUGGGAAGAAAUCUCAAACUGGAGCCAGCAGGUUUCCAAAAAGAAAAAGAAGAAAAAGGCAGAAUCACUACUGGGAGCACCAUUUCACCUCAAAGAUGGCGACACAGUCGGCAUCAAGGUGCUGAAUCUUUUGAUUGACAACAACAGGGACUUUGUCACCGUGGAGGAUGAGCAGGGCCAGCAGAGGCUCAGAGAGCAGGCAGAGCAACGCAGGAAAGGAGGGCAGGCUGCAAAUUCUGAUGGUGUUGGACCACAAAAGAAGACUGGACUGACUAAAUCCAGGAAACCAGAGGUGGCGCUGUCAAUCAAUGUUGGGGUAUUCAGAUAGUACCCUGCUCCCUGCCCCUGGGUGCAUGGACAAAUCAGAAGUACUUAUAAAACCACAUGCACAAACACAAAUGCCACAUUGCAGGACAAUCAUCUUGACGUCGGUCUUGUGCCAUUUUUUUUUAUUAUUAGUUAUUAGUAUUUAGUAUUUCUCCCAAAAUGAAUUCCUGCUGCCCAUGUGUCUGAUUUAUUGACAGGAAGAGAAGGGAUUUCAUUUUGGCAUUUUGAUUUGCUGUUUAGUAACAACUGACUAUAAUUUGCAUUAUAUCUAUGCAAUAUUACUGGUUUUGUUACCUUGCUUCCUCUCUCUACAAGCUCUCUAAAUUACAACCACCACAAAUCCCCUUUCUUUAAUUAAAUUGACGUUUUUUUAUUUUGUGAGGGAAAUUUAAAGACGGUGUGACGUUCAGGAAAACAGAUUUUUUGCUGCAUGGAUCAGUAGAUAAUUUGUAACCAUAUAUUGAAAGUAUAAGCCCUGAGAAAACAGUUUCUACUUUCAUUGUUUUUUGUUUUGUUUUGUUAUUACAGGCUGGCAGUUAUAAACUAAGGCUUGUGCUAACUGGAGUUUUUAUCUUAUAUACUGAUUUGUAUUAACUGUAGCAAUUGGGUUAAAAAACAAAUACUGGUAACCACCAGCCUGUGGCUUUCAUGUUUAGUAAGUUGUCCAGUAAAACAAGCCACAGUUGUAGGAAAUCAACCAUCAUUAGGUCUUGCUGUUGCUCAUAUGGAAACUUUUAUGAUGAACCCGUCACUGUGCGCCAAGAACGAAAAUGUUUAUCUGGAUUAAAGGCUUGUUUUAGGUUGAUAAGAGAGAGGAGAGAUAGGCCUUAAUGUGGAGAAGCCUCAGUGCUGCUCUGUCCUCCCUACCUCACUCUCUACCUCUCUCAAUCUACCUCUGCUGCCCUCUGUUUCCCCGCUCAAAAUCUUGCUGUAAUUUAUACUUUUAUUUUCUGCAACCCCUGCUCUAUUAGAGUCAAUUGGCACAGACCUUGCUUCUAGCUGUAUUCUUUAAAUGGUUAAAUAACUUAACUGUCUUUUAUUGGACAUGAUCCUUUUUACAGCUGAUGUUAAACUGUCUUCACUUUCACCUCAAAACCAUCAUUGUGUUAUGCAACCAUCUGUCACGCCAGGUGAAUUUGCUGCUCCACAAAUAUAAUGUAAAACGACACAUUCAAAUCCUUACUGCCACUUUUUUCCCCUUGAUUAUGUUAAAGUUCCCUGAGUUUUCAUUGUGGAACAUUUAGUGUUUCAUUUGCAUGCACUAUAUGUGAACUUCAGGGAAGUAAAAAAUAUUCUUGUAGAUAAUUUAUUUGGGGGGAAAAAAACAAACAAAACUGACUUAAUGUUUUUACUUUAUGAACUGUGAUAUGUUUUUGGGGGUGAUUUUGAUUUUGUUAUCAAAGUUUUUCUACGCUGCUUACAGGUUUUGUUUCAUGUAAUAAUCUGGCCUUGAUUAGUGCCAAGUUUAAAUUUAUUAUUUUAUUUCUUUUUUUUAAAGCAGAUGCAGCAAAACUGUUUGACAAUAUACUCAGCAAUAGUGAAAUUAAAUUUUGUAUCAUACUGUAUAAUCUACUAGUGAUGAUUACAUCUUUGGUGUUAUCAAUAAGGACUCGUCUACUGUGUUAUGACAGUGGACGUCUGUUUGUAUCUGUGUCAGAUUGUAUCUGAUGAAAGAAUUUAUCAACAAUAAAGGUAUACAGUUGUA